AUGCCCUCUUUCACAGAUACUGGUUACGGGACGCUCUAUGUAUCCGAUUCCACUGGUACAGUUUUCUCAGAGUCUCUGAGACGUCACCUCUAUCCGAAUCACUCGCCUGUGACUGACUUCUUCCGUGUAGCCUCUAUGCGUGGAACUUUUCUGGCUACUCAGCUCAAUCCGGACAGCACUCUACGUACUGUUAUUACCCACGACCGUGGUGCGACUUGGAAACCCCUGCCCAUUCCCGAGGGCAUGGAGCUGCAAUGUGGUGGUGGUGGGAACAAAAGCAGCACUGGGGCCUCUAGUUCACCUGACGCCACGCUGGCUCAAAACGGUACCUCCGCAGCAACCAUAAAGGACGCAUCUCCGGGCUACAAAAAAGUGAGUGCGAGUUGUCUGCAACUGAGAGCUUUUGAGUGCUUCACGUCACUGUCUUGCAGCUGA